UGAUUCAUAUUUUUCUUUUUUCUACAUACACACUUAAAAAAAUUUUGUUAGUAUGGAUCAACAAAAGAAACCUAAAUUAAUUAAAAAGUGCCAAUGCCAAAGUGAUGAUGAGUCUGGAACCAUUUGUGGUGCAGGACCUUCUGUCCAUAAUAGUUGUGUUGCUUCUGCCCAGAGGAGUAUUCCUAUUCCUAUACCCGCUUGCAAUUGCAGUGUUCGAAAAACCGUAGACUGCUUCAAUCAAACCUCAUUCGCGACUAUCGACAGUUUAGUGGAAUCCUUGGAAGAGGCUUACAAGUCGCCCAAUGAAGUGAAUCGAACGACAACAUUUCAAGAUGAACUAAUCAAAGAGAUAAGUAGAGAUAAUUCCCUUACAGAAGAAUUUUUAGCGAGCACCAUAUUGGAGGAUGAUGAGGUUGUGGAAGAGGCACAUGGUCGCAUAUUUGGAGUCUCUGGUCCAGUGGUGAAUGCCGAAGAAAUGGCCGGGGCUGCCAUGUACGAGCUGGUGCAGGUUGGACAUUUUCGUUUAGUUGGCGAAAUAAUUCGACUCGAGGGGGAUAUGGCCACCAUACAAGUGUAUGAGGAUACAUCGGGCGUUAGUGUCGGUGAUCCUGUCUAUACAACUGGCAAACCUUUAUCUGUCGAACUGGGUCCUGGCAUUAUGGGCAGCAUUUUUGAUGGCAUUCAGCGACCAUUGCGUUCCAUCUCCGAGCUAACGGGUUCGAUUUAUGUUCCCAAAGGCGUUAAUGUCAAGAGUUUACCUCGCAAUGUUCUAUACUCAUUUACGCCGGACAAGUUUAAAGUGGGUUCUGUCAUAACGGGCGGUGAUAUCUAUGGCACAGUCCAUGAGAAUAGUAUGCUGGAACAUCGUCUGAUGCUAGGACCCAAAGACCAGGGUACCAUUAAAUGGAUAGCACCAGCUGGAGACUAUUAUGUGGAUGAUACAGUCAUUGAAACGGAAUUCGAUGAUAAGGUUAAGAAGCAUUCGAUGUUACAAGUAUGGCCAGUUCGUCGUUUUCGUCCGGUUAGCGAUAAACUACCAGGUUCACAUCCCUUGCUAACCGGACAACGAGUCCUGGAUGCCUUCUUUCCCUGUGUGCAGGGUGGUACCACAGCCAUACCAGGAGCUUUUGGUUGUGGCAAGACAGUAAUCUCGCAGUCUCUUUCGAAAUACUCCAAUUCGGACGUCAUUAUCUAUGUGGGAUGUGGUGAGCGUGGCAACGAAAUGUCUGAAGUACUUAGAGAUUUUCCAGAACUCACAGUUGAUGUCAAUGGAACCAAGGAGUCAAUUAUGAAACGUACAGCACUUGUGGCAAAUACCUCAAACAUGCCUGUGGCUGCACGUGAGGCUUCCAUUUACACUGGAAUCACUCUGUCGGAAUACUUUCGGGAUAUGGGUUACAAUGUAUCUAUGAUGGCUGAUUCCACUUCCCGUUGGGCUGAGGCAUUGCGUGAGAUAUCUGGCCGUCUGGCUGAGAUGCCCGCCGAUGCCGGUUAUCCUGCCUAUUUGGGUGCUCGUCUGGCCUCCUUUUACGAGCGUGCCGGACACGUCAAAUGCUUGGGUAGUCCCGAUCGUGAGGGCUCCGUGUCCAUUGUCGGAGCUGUCUCACCACCUGGUGGUGAUUUCUCUGAUCCCGUCACUUCGGCCACUCUUAGUAUUGUCCAGGUGUUCUGGGGUUUGGACAAGAAAUUGGCCCAACGUAAACAUUUUCCCUCCGUCAAUUGGCUGCAAUCGUAUUCAAAGUAUAUACGAGCUCUAGAUCCCUAUUAUGAGGAAACCGAACCAGAGUUUUUUAAACUUCGCGCAAUAGCAAAACAGAUUCUUCAAGAGGAGGAGGAUCUUUCGGAAAUUGUUCAAUUGGUGGGCAAAUCAUCGCUCAAUGAGAUUGAUAAGAUUACUCUGGAGGUGGCCAAAAUGUUAAAAGAUGACUUUCUGCAGCAAAAUUCAUAUAGUGAUUAUGAUGCGUAUUGUCCCUUCUAUAAGACUGUGGGAAUGCUGCGCAACAUGAUUGCCUUCCAUACGCAUGCAGUUCAGGCUGUGGAACGCACAGCUGGACAGGAUGCCCAUGUUACUUGGGGCCUGAUUAGGGAACGUGCCUCAAAUAUUUUGUAUGAUAUAUCCACCAUGAAGUUUAUCAAUCCAAAUGAAGGUCCAGAAGUUUUUAACGAGGCCUGCGAUAAAGUGUAUAACAACAUUAUAAAGGCAUUAACCGAUAUCGAAGAGAAUGUGGCACAUUAUGUCUAAGUUAACGAAGGCAUCUUUUCAAACAAAUUUGAUAUACUAAGUGUGUGGGUAUGUAAAGUGAAUAAAUCGUUUGUUUCUUAGAAUUUUCAAAAAUAAA